CACCAAGAGAAGUAUUCCCAUCGUCUACAAUGUCUAUGCACUCGAUCACUUCAUCGAACUCGUAGAGAAAAUAGAGAGGAAUAUAUCAAGCUUUUACCACAUUGCAAAUCAUAUACGCCAUCUGGGCUACACUGAUAGCUAUUGGUUCACUAUCGCAGGGGCAUCUUCAAGUCUACCAGACGGAAUUUUAAACAGUGCGGAAAAAGACGUUCUCAAAAAGAUGGUUGUCCAUAGCCACGAAGGGUCACUUGAGUUAGGAGUAAUACGCUCAUCAUCUGGAGAAGCAAUAGCCAUUGGUCACGUGAUUAAUGGAAUCUGUGCAGGGUUUAUUCGAGAAAGGCGAACCUCACUCGGACAGUGGUCGCCGGGUGCUGUAAAGGAGAUCGAUAAYCUGUACGGAGCAACCAUAUCCAGGGAUCUUGCGCAAGCCGCACUGGCGAAAAAGAAUGAUGCAUCCCUCCCRUACUUUGGYCCUGGUGGAUCAUGGGAUGACACCAAAUGCCCCGAGGUAUAUACUAGUUCCUCAGACGUCAGYACUGGAGCGUCCGAUGCUGAACUCCUGGGGGAUAUAGACGGGUUUCUUUUGGGAUAUYACCUUCCAAGGUGGGUAAGCAARGGCGUGCGUCUGGGUCAGUUGCUCAGGAUGUAUUACUCGACUGGAGUCUGUUAUGACAUGUCAGUUGCAAGCUGUAAACGAUAUAGCAAGUWCAAAAGUAUAGUUGACCUUGAGUCAUUACAAGAACAAGUUACUGGGGUGGCUGAGGCGUUCUAUCUCAAGAACAAGGCAAGUUAUCCAAAUGUUAAGAAAGAGGACAUACCAGACGCCACAAAGACCAUCACACAGCAGUUCUUUCCUUAUGURGAAAACAUUAAUGGACCUUCGCAAAUAUGUCCAGAGAAACAAGAAGAAUAUGAAUUGUCAUCAAAUUUGGUGUUUGUGAUGGACGAGUCUGGAAGUAUUUAUAAAGAUGAAUUCGAAAAGGAAAAACAAUUUGUCAGGCAAAUCAUUGAUGCUUUUAACAUUUCACCACGUCAAACAAACGUAGCCGUUGUGGAGUUUUCUUCCGAUCCAGACCUUGCGAUCAAUCUCCAAGACUACGAGUCCAAGACGAGGCUUAGCUGCGCUAUUAACAAUCUUCUUCAUAAAGGCGGGUUUACACACAUGGAAAAAGCCCUGCGAUURGUCAAAGAYCAGAUAUUUCUGCCCAUCCAAAGAGGAAGUUYACCUGAYAGACGCGACGUCUCCAAUAUUUUGAUUUUCUUGACGGACGGCCAAGCGACUAAUAARACAGCUUUUGUACAGGCAGUACAAGAAAUCAAGGAAGAAGUCAAGGAUCUUACCAUGUUAGCUGUUGGUGUGGGUGAAUACAUCUACAGUGAACUACAGCUUGUAGCAACAGAUCCACAAAAACACGUUUUUACUGCGAGUAAUUUUGACCAACUUCUGGGCCUUAUAAAAGCACUUCAAAACAGAACUUGCAAAACUCCCUCUCARAUGGACGUGGAUUUCAAUGACGACGAGAACAACACUUUUGUCACGGCUUACGUAUCUCCGGGAGGUGUUCGAUACUUUACAAUCGCUCCUAAAUAUAUCUUUGGCCUCAGUGCRAUUUACAUCGAGCUGUUGGACAAGCGCUAAAUAUCGAAAUACUGCACCCUUGCUUGGGAUACAAUAUUAGCACGUGUCCUCCUAUCUACCUUGCUAUCUGGGGAAAGAAACCAGACUGUACCUGCAUAGAAUCCGAAUGCACAACCCUUAAUCAAAUCAAAUUUACAAUCAGAAAAGGUGGCCUAUUAAGCAGUGUCUGGCAGUUAAGGGGGUCGAUAUUCCUAACUGUUAUUGGUCUGACAUUGUCGCGUUUCUCAUACUAAUUCCUUCAUAUYAUCGUUUACAAUCAWACCAUAUUUCUAMUCMUUUUACCACUGGUUAUUUGGUAAAWYAAUUGCAYGAUCUAAUAGCCUAAACAAGCAGAGAARWGCUGUAGAGGAAACCCCUUCUAUGAUCGWAAUGGGGAUCUUGGCGAGUUGCACGUGAGMGAUUCAUAUUAUCCUUCCCUAGACAAAAUUCGCAAGUCUUAGUUCAGUCUAGAAAAAAAACGGCUUCUCCUCUGCUCGGGMUCCGGUAAUGUUUUCCCAUUUCAGACCCCGUGUCAUUCUCUUGAGAAUAAGAUUCUUCGGUUGAGUUGUAUCCAUAUUUAUGUGACUUCCCAUGUACAACCGUUAAACAAAGAAAUGAUACUCUAGAGAAUGACACGGGGGUCUGAAAUGGGGAAACAUUACGCCCUAGSCAAGGAGUAUUGAUUACAUGUGUAAAGUCUCUCCAUUACUGCAACUUAUCCACUGYUACAGGUUUACAAACAUCGAUAUCAGUGCCGUAGCCACCAUUUAUUUUGGACAGUGGUCCGGGUUUAAAAAAAUGUCAAAUCAAGUGAUGAUCAAUUGCAUCAUCACGUGACCAUUUUUGUUUUUGUGCAUGCCCCUCUUGCUGAGAGUCUUGAAAUGUACUUCACCCCAUAAUUUCAGGAUUGCAUCUAUAUUGCAAAUGAAAAGUUGAAUGGUAAAUUAUUUUGGAGAUAUCAAGGUUUAUACUUCCAAUAUGCUAAUAGGGUUGAUGUUAUUAUAGGCAUUAUUGAAUAUAUAAAACUUUUCUCGGGGCAAAAAAAUAUCCAGUAUACAACAUCAUUGUUUUACUUAGGGAUUGUAGAAAGUUUAUUGCAAAUUUGUUCUCUAAUAAUAAUCAGUGUUUCAACGACUUACAAAUGAUGACAAAUAAUCUCAAAUUCCUAUAAUGACAUCACACUCAUUAACAUAUGUCGGAAGUAUAAACCUUGACAGGAUGCAUCGYUCAAAUCAUAUCAAUAAUUACCAUUCAACUAUUCACUUUAUGUAGAAUCAAUACUGAAAAUAUCAAGUUAGGGGUUAAACGCACUUUAAAGAAGAGCUUUACUGCCGUUUCUAGUACAAUUGAUAAUUAUAUGGACUUUAUUUAAUUGUGUAAUAAAUAUUUGUUUUUACUAGUGGAACUAUGGUUGUCACGUCAGUAAAAAGUGAUCCGUUCAAAACUGGACCAAUUAA